AAAGGGCUGGGCUCCUUUUCUGGGAGGCAGCAAAGUUUUGCAGGGAGGGAUCAUCUGACUCUCUGUGGCCUCUUCUUUUCUCUGCUAGAUUUCCAGCAAAGUCCAACAGCCUUUUUCCUUCUACUUUCUUUCAUCCAGGGCUGGAGCCCAUCCCAAAGUCCUGCCGCCUGACUGAUCUUUUGCCCUGAGUAUGGAGGGAACUGAAAUUCCAGAAACGUUUGUAAAAGAGACAGGAUAUACUAAAGAUCUGGAAACACUGAUGGCAAAUGCUAUUUUGGAAGAACGUGAGACUUCAGGUCAAGCUGCAAAUGCAACUGAAAAACAGAAAGAACUAGAAAAAUGGAAGGAGAAUGUUGCAAAAGCUGAAAAUCUCAAGUCUAACAUGCUUCUUUUAAAACUUGCUGCUGAUGAGAAGAGACGGAAUCAUCAAGAUAAACUGAGAGAACUUAAGGACCGGGAAAACAAAAUAGUUAUGGAAAUAACGAGAACCCAGGAGGACUGUAAGAGGACGCUUUCUGGUAUAAAUGAGCAAAACGAUCUGCUGAGAAGGGAGAUUCAGGCUCUUAAAGCCAAAUGUGAAGCAAAGAAUGCUAAGUGUGGAGAGUUUGCACAGAGCUUUCAGCUUAAACGAGACAUACCAGAGAAAAAAAUGAAGUGUACACAUCUGGAAAACAUCGAGAAUGAAGAUGACUGUAUGAACAUAUCCUGCCUUUUUCAUAUAACUCCAAAAAUCCCAUUCAGGCUGAACCAAGGAGAAGCUCUCAUCACAUUUGAACAAGAAAGUGUUGCCCAGGAAUUGAUUAAAAAGCAUUCUCACACUGUGCAAAUGGAAAAUGAGAAGAUACGUCUACAAGCUCUGCCUGUUACUCUGGAAACAGGAGUAGUAUUUGAGCUCCAUUCUAAGAUCUCUCAAAGAAACCUUCACGUUUCUAACAUCCCAGACCUAAACAUCCCUGAGGAGUGGAUGCGAGACAAGUUGGAAUUGCAUUUUUGCCAAACUAAAUUGGGUGGAGGAGUACAAAAGGUGGCCUAUGACUCACGGUCCCAGAUGGCUCUCAUUACAUUUGCUGAACCUCUAGAUGCUAAUGAUAUUGCAUGGUUUGGGCCAUACUCUUUCCAUACAAGUGGUUGGACUCUUUCAUUCUUGGUUUCCCCUGUCACACAGAGUCAUCUGGAACAAUUUCAGAUAUUUUCUGGGAUUUCCAAGAAGACAAUCUUAUUAACAGGGAUCAAGGUUGAAGGCGAAGAUGAAGAGAGUGUGGAAGACUUGAUUGUGAUCCACUUUCAGAAAGCUAGUAAUGGUGGUGGGGAAGUUGAAAGCAUCAAAUAUGCUUCAAAAGGAAACCAAAUUGCUUAUUUUGAGAAUUAUGCAGAUGAUGUUAUAUGACAAACUGAUGAUGAAGUUGAAUAUUAUGGCUUAUUUCCCCAUUUUGUGAAGGGCUUCAUAGAAUGUUACAGUAACUUUAAAAAAAUUACUCUGGAUAGUGUGACUAAUGGAUUUCUGGUAGAAGAUUAUGUUGAAUAAAUACCCAUAGUUCUCAUCAGUUAAGGACUGAAGGUUCAAUACUCGGAUGACAGCCCAACUGUAUUAAAUGGGGCUUCCUCUCAAGCAAGUAAGCAAGUGUCCGCAGGACUGCAGCCUAAGUCCAUUGAAUCAGUGAGAAAAAAAAUUAGUCAUGUUUAGUAUAAGUUCCAUAGAUUUUUGGGGUCUACUCUAGAUAUCACUAGACUUAAGAUAAUAUAAUGUAAUCUAGUUAUUAUGUACUUUUACAUAGAUUGGAGCCCAGGUGUUUACCUACACAAACUACUGUACAAGCAGCUCAAUUACAUUUUUGCACUUUACUACUGUACAAGAAGCUCAGUUAUAUCAGUUUUGAUGUGAAUACUCUGUGGGCUGGCAGUAUCAAAGAAUAAAGUUACUUUUUUGAUCUGCAA